AUGUCGUCGCGGCAGGGCGGGCGGCCGGCGCCCGCCACGGCCAGGGGAAGCCGCUUCUGGCAGCCGCCCGGCACCGCCCAGUACAGCCGGGAAACGCGGGAGCUGCUGGAAGCAAUGAUGGAUGAGUCCAGGCUCACGAGUUUCCAGAGGCGGCACCUCAUGGACUGUGUGAAACGAGGAGACACCCUGCCCCUGCAGUGCAGCCCCACGUGCAGCAAAGACCCGCGGCCUGCGGAGCCAGCCUUGGCUCCUCCUAAGCUCUGCCUGCCGGGCAGGCUCCCAGCUAAACCUCUGCUUCGACCCGCCAAGCUCUGCCAGGCGGGAGACGCCUAUUCCCGAGAGCAGUUCAAGCCACAGGCAAGGCGAGAUUUGGAACGGGAGAAGCAAAGGCUCCAGAGUAUCUUGGCGACAGGGAAGGAUGUGGUGGAGCACAAAGCGAAGCAGCCGCCGCCUCGGACAGAGGAAGAGGAGGCACCUGAGGUGGACCGGUUUGAAGAGUUGGUAAACGAAGUGGAGGAGAGGAAAGAGUUCCUGGCCGAGAUGGAAGCCCUGGGACAGGGCAAAAGGUAUCGAGGGAUCGUCCUCACCGAAAUCUCGCAGAAGCUGCGGGAGAUGGAGAUGAUUGACAAGAAGAGAAGCAAGGAAAUGAGAGAGAUCACAACAAAAGGCUUUCCCAUUGGGAACAAAUCUGAUGCCCGUGACUAGGCCCAAAAAGACACCA